AUGUCAAAGGCCUCGGUGGUCCGGGGUUGCUGGAUCCAGGGUGAGAAAAGGGACAGUGUGGCUGCCCGUGAUCAGCUCUACUUACAGCAUGGUGACAAGAAGGCAAGAGAAGCUUCUUCCAAACCAGAAGAGAAAAAAGCAGAAGCAGCAGAGAAGAAACCAGCAACUGCUAAUGUCGUCAGCCAACCCCCCAAAACACAGACAAGUGGAGCACCUGCUGCUGCUCAGAAGCAGUCGCCCUCCACGGAUGCAUCAAAGACACAAAUUAUGAAGCCAUCUGAAACAAAGUUCACACCAACAACCAAAACAGAAUCUGGGAAAAACAUGCAGUCAACCCAGGCAAAAAGCGAAACCUCACCUUCUGUGGCAACAACUUCUAAACCAAAUAAUACAGGACAAGCAACUACAACUCAGGCUGACCAGCCUCCAAAAACGACCUCUGUAGAGACAGCAAAGCCCGAGUCUCAGAAGAUGUCUGUAACGGCUGGUGCAGGCGCAGCUGCUGCAAGCGCCGCUGCUGCAGCUGAGAAGUCAAGCACUGAGCCUGCUAUGGAUGAGUCGGCGCUAGAUAGCCUGAUAGAUACUCUAGGUGGACCUGAAGAAGAUGUGCCUCCUAGUCCUGUUUACACUGGUCCAGAAGUUACGGAAGACAUUACUUCAAGAUACUUGGAAGAAAUGGGUAAACGGGAAGGUAGUCUCCCUCCAGAGUAUGUUAAACUGUUGAAGGGCAAAGGGGAUCACAAAGAUGAAGUCCCACCAAAAGUAGAUGAACGCGAUAAAAAGCCGAUGACAGAUGAUGAGCUUGCAGAGGCCCUGUCAUCCGAGUUCACCUGUAGUGUUGCUUCCGCUGAAGAGAAGAAGACAAGUCUGACAGAGAAUCCAAGUAAGGAAGGAGAAAUCGUGCAAGCACAGGCGGCAAGUUCAGUCAAGACCUCGGUUCCUCCUAAGGAGAAGAAAACAAAAUCACAAGAGGAAAUUAAAGAGGAUGCCGUGGAAGCUCUUCUUGAUACUCUUGGUGGACCUGAACCUGAACCUGACGAAGAUCCCACCCCUGUUGUGGAGGUGUCAGAGGCAAAAGCUAAAGAGAAAAAAGAAGAAAAGUCUGGAGAACGUGAUGAUACAAUACCUCCAGAAUACAGGUUAACACCAGAGUUGGAUAAAGAUGGAAAACCAGUAUUGCCAAAGCCUGAAGAAAAGCCUAAGCCUUUGAGUGAAUCUGAUCUUGUCGAUGAAUUUUCGAAAGACUUUGCCCGCCCGGCACAGCCUGCAGUACAGCCCAAACCAUCGAAGCCCAGCAGCACAUCCAAAAAGCCUUCAGAUCCCGUGUCUGCUAAAACUACCCAGGAUGAAGUGGUCCCUCGUGUCGCAGCUUGCACCGUGCAGUCGUCAGCUCCUUCAGCUGUGUCCUCAGUUGGUCACGUGGCAGAUGAAGCACUGGAAGCCUUGUCCAGCAGCCUGGGAAAGAGGGAGCCUGAUCCAGAGGAAAAGAAGCCUGCUGUGGACAAAGUUAAGGAGAAAACCAAACAGGAACAACGCAAAAAACUGGGUGAAGAUGAGGAAACAAUUCCGCCCGAGUUCAGACUAACAGGAGCGAAAGAUAAAGAUGGAAAACUCCUAGCAAAACCAGAAGAAAAAUCCCAGCCCAUGAGUGAAAAUGAACUUUUAGAGGGUUUGACAGAAGGAUUCUCCUCUUCUCCAUCGCAGUCAGCACCAUUGCCUACGCCAGCUGUCAAAAAGAAGACCAAGAAGGGUGACAAGCCCGCGGGUUCCUCGGACGUUAUCUCUGCUGCUGCAGUUUCUUCAGUGCAGUCGGCAGCUCCUCCAGCGGCUCCCUCGGGGGGAAAGGAGAUGGAUGAAGCCUUGGAUCUCCUGUCCGAUUCCUUGGGAGAGAGGGAACCGGACCCUGAUGAGAACAAACCAGUUGUGGAUAAAGUAAAGGAAAAGGCUAAAUCUGAACACAGAGACAAACUUGGAGAAAGAGAUGAUACUAUCCCACCUGACUAUCAAAAACUUCUGGAGUCAGGGGAACAGGGUAAACCAGCAGAGCCAGCAGCAAAGGAUGAUGCGAAACGCAAAGGAGAAAAGCAGCCUACAGAUGACUCUGCAGCUAUUGAUGCCCUAUCAGGUGACUUCGACACUUGUGCCAAGGCUCCCGCCACACCACAGCACUCAAAGUGUAGGACAAAAGCGGAAAGGAAACCAUCACCACUAAACCAACCCCAAAGGAUAAAGGAAAACGCAAAAACCCUAAAACGGCAAAGGGAGAGUCCUCCAGCAAGAAAUCUGAGAAGCAGAAAACAGGCUAAACGCUGACGUUGUUGGGAUCUUGGCACAUCAUGUAGAACAUCUUCUUUCUAUUGGUGGAUAAUUAUUCCUGAAGAACAAGAGCUGAUACCAAACGCAUGUGGUUAUUCUGGGUGGUUUUUGUAGAGUGAUACUUGCUGGACGUUUUUCCUCUUCCCUUUUUUCCAGUAGUAGGCUAAGGUGUUUGGGUUUUUUUCUCCUAGCCAUUCAUUUUAUUAUAUUCAUGUACUUCCGACUUUUUUCUAAUUUUCUUCAGUUUUCAGAGGGAAAGAAUGCUUUAUAUUUGCAAGAAAUAUAUUUCAUAACUGAAUAGCAAUGCCAAAAAAAAAAAAAAAAAAUCUGCAGACUUUUGCACAUAAUCUCCACAGAGUGCCUGUAAAUCUCAGAAGAAUAUGUAUGUGCUCGCAUUUUUGACAUUGCAGUGAAUGCAUUAAGUGUUCUGGAAGAUAAUGAGCUUUAGUUCUCUUCAGCUCUCCUCAGCCUGGCUGUGCAGUCUUUCCUCGAGCCAGUUCCUGGGAGGAAGCCACAGAUAUGCUGUGAGCAGCUAAAGAAUGAAAAACUGGGGAUGAACUGCUUCGUCAGGCGCAUUUAGUAAUAGAACAGGUGUUUUGGAUGCUGCCUUAACUGUAGUUAAAACAACCAAAAUACACCAGAUAAGGAUUUUACUUUUUUUUAAUUUCCAAUCGUACCUGUACUGUUACCUCGUAAUUUCAGGAGUCUCCUGGACUGAACAAAUCCCAAUCCUAAUGUCACUGUGACACCGUUACCGUCACAGAAGAGGAGGUGAAGGAGCGCAAGCCUUAGCAGGGAUGCCCGAGGAGUUCAGGCCCACAGGCGGACUCUUUCCUUAUAGUUUGCACUCGAAGUUCCCAGCCCCUGCGCCUGUCCCUGGCGCCGCCAGGAGCAACGUUGCAUCCGCCUGCUCUGCCCGGGACAGACCAGGCCUCCCGAGGGCCUCCCUGCCUUUCCCUCCGCCUCUGUAACCCGCAGAACAUCCUUUUGCACGUCCUGGCACGGGCCUGGCUUCGCCAGCAGCUUGCAGACGGAGGUCACACCAACGCUUGUACCUGCCUGGAGCGUGUGGCCUUGCAGACAGAGACAGCCCGGAGAUUUCAGUUGGGGAUAUUUAGACUUUUGACUGUACUCCGCAGUCUGUACUGAAAACCUGUGUCACACUAAUAAAGUUUUUAAGCAUGCACGA